CUUUUUUUUUUUUUUUUUUCUCUCUUUUACCUUUAUAAUAUAACCAUGUUGACAGCAUUAGGCUUCUUGAGUAAAACAUCACUUUCUCCACUUGGACAAUCAGCUCGUGGUAUGGCUUACAAGUUAAAAACACAUUCUGGUGCCAAAAAAAGAUUCUUACCUACAAGCAAUGGCAAUUACAAACGUUGGCAAGCAGGACUUCGGCAUUUGAAUCAAUCCUUCUCUGCUGAACGAGUCAAUCGUCUUAGUCGAACUGUUUUGGUGGACAAUACCCAAAAGAAAAUGUUACGAAAGGCCAUGCCUUAUAGUUGUUAAUCCUUGUAGAAAAUAAUCAUUCAUCAUAGAUCAUCAUCAUUUAUCAUCAUCAUCAUCAUCCUUAUUUGUUACAACGUAUGUAUAAUAAAACUUUAUUCUUUUCAUUUUUUUUUUUCUGUGUGUGAGAUGUAAUCAUCAUUAUCGUUUCUUUUUUUUUUUUUUUUUU